GGCCCCUCCCCAGAGACAGAUGUCCCCAGAGGCCCCUCUCACCGGAUCACCCCCACCUCAGCUCCACCAUGCACCCCCAGCUCCUGCCCCUGGCCCUCGCCCUCCUGGCAGCAGUGCCCCCAGGGGCUCAGGCAGGUCCAGUGGUGACGGCAGAAGCCGGCUCGACUGUGAAACUUCCCUGCAACCUGACGGGGCCGAGCCUGAGCUGGCGGUGGAUCCCGCGCUACCCGGUCUGCGCUGGUGUCAGCAGUGGGAUACAGACGAUCUACACAGCGAUGGCGGGUGGGGCAGGGAACAGCCUGCUGGAGAGAUUUAUGAAGUGGCUGCAUCUCCUAACGGAUCAGGGAACCCGAACCUCCGCCCUCGAAGUUCAAACCCUCCACAUGAACGACUCGGGGGUCUUCUUCUGUGCCAGCCCCAGGCAGAACGCCACGCCGAGCUCCGUCACCAUCACGCCCGGUAACAGCUCUACUGGGGCUGGGAACCAGGACUCUUGGGUUCUCUUCUGGCUCUAG